AUGAUCACAUCUCAGAGAAGACUAAAAUCUUAUGCAAACCUAAAAUGUAGACAUGUUAAGUUUGAAGUAAGUGACCAUGUAUAUCUUUGUGUGAUACCACAGAAAGGAAUCUCUGUGAAGAGGCAUGGUAAGAAAGGGAAAUUAAGUCCAAGAUAUGUUGGUCCUUUUGAGAUAUUGGACAGAGUAGGCAGUGUGGCUUACAAGGAGGAUUUAUCUUUCGAUGAGAGUCUGGUGAAGAUUCUUGAUCGAAAGGAUAAGGUUCUAAGGAAUAAGAUUAUUUCCUUGGUGAAGGUGUUGUGGAGGAACAAUGCUGUUGAGGAAGCAACUUGGGAGCUUGAGUCAGAUUUGCAAUGGCAGUAUCCUGAAUUGUUUGAGUGA